CCAAAGACUUUCUUGCUCUUAUAAAUAUAUAUACACAGCAACAAGAAGAAGAAGAAGAAGAAGAAGAAGAAGCAGGCGGAGAAGGAGUUCAAAAGAUUGUGAGUGCACGUAAGCUCCUUAAACCUUGGUGGUUGUACGCUGGCGGUUUUUGAUAGCCCUCAACUCCUUUCCUUGAUUCUCCAUAUAUAAAUUGUCAACCAAACAAACCAAGGAAAGAAGAAAGAAGAAAGAAUCGUUGUUUACAACUCAUACCUCUCUUGGAAAUGGAUACUCUUUGUUUAAAAACAGGAAUCCAUGGUACUGUUCCAUCGAUUUCCGUAAGUGGGUCCUUGGAGACCCGUUCCAAUGCAUCUCAGGUGAGUGCGGUGGCUCGGGAGAUAUCCACCACCGUGGCUGCCGCUCCACAUCAGAAAGCCGCGUCCAGGUUCUCUUUUAGAUACCCUUUGCGUUCUUUGUGGCCCGGUGGAGAUCAAAGUAAUAGGUAUAAAGGGAUAGCUGUUGAUGAUGCCGUCUUGAUUGAUAAUGGAGAGACGAAAAGUGGUGCCGGGAAGAUGCCGAUACUAGAACAAUGGGCGUCUGAACGAAAAAAUGGGAACUGGGUGUUAAAGAUUUUGCACCUGAGGUCCCUCAGGAAGGUGGAGGAGGAGGAGGAACAGGGGAUCAGUGGUGGUGAAGGAUCAAUUGAACAAGGUAGUGAUGUUGCUUUGAAUGAUGGCGUUAAUAACAAGGAAGAGGAAGAGUGUGAUGUGUGUAGAGUUGAGGAUGAUGACGAAAAACAAAUUGAAUUUGAUAGGGAUUCGUUUUCGAGGUUGCUACGGAAGGUGUCAUUAGCUGAAGCCAAGCUAUACUUGCAAAUGUCGUAUCUGGGAAACUUGGCCUAUUCCAUACCCAAAAUCAAGGCAGGAAAUCUCUUAAAAAAAUACCGUGGCUUCCAGUUUGUGACUUCAUCAAUAGAGAAAAGAGAAUUGGCGAUGAAAGCAGAGAAAGUUCAGGUGUCAGCUGAAGAUCAAGAAGCAGAGAAAGGGCGUUCAGAGAAGGAGGCAGAGGGCACAGAACAAAAGAAUAAUGGCCAUCGUAUAAGUGCCUCCACUGCUUAUCAGAUAGCUGCCUCUGCUGCUUCUUAUCUUCACUCUCAUGCCAAAAGCAUACUUCCAUUCAAAUCCUCAAAGGCUGAGACUGGUAAAGAUUUGCCUAAAGGAGACUAUGGAGACAAUGAGAAUCUCAAUAUGUUAAACACAGAGAUGGCUUCUCUCAUGGCAACCACUGACUCAGUGACAGCUGUGGUUGCUGCAAAAGAGGAAGUAAAGCAGGCUGUUGCGGAUGAUUUGAGUUCAACAUGUUCUUCGCCAUGUGAAUGGUUUAUAUGCGAUGAUGAUCAGGGUACAAGAUUCUUUGUGAUUCAGGGAUCUGAAUCACUGGCAUCUUGGCAAGCAAAUCUACUUUUUGAGCCUGUUCAGUUUGAGGGACUGGAUGUGCUUGUGCAUAGAGGUAUUUAUGAGGCUGCAAAAGGUAUAUAUGAACAUAUGUUGCCUGAAGUCCAUGCUCAUCUAAAGUCUUGUGGGAGACAGGCAACCCUUCGUUUCACAGGGCAUUCUCUUGGUGGGAGCUUGGCUCUUCUUGUAAAUCUCAUGUUGUUGAUAAGAGGGGAUGUCCCAACAUCAUCCUUACUUCCAGUGAUAACAUUUGGUGCACCCUCAAUCAUGUGUGGUGGUGACUAUCUACUUCGCAAGCUUGGGCUACCACGAAGUCAUGUUCAGGCAAUUACAAUGCAUAGAGAUAUUGUACCCCGUGCCUUCUCUUGCAAUUACCCUAAUCAUGUUGCAGAGCUUCUGAAGGCUGUUAAUGGGAACUUCAGAAAUCAUCCUUGUCUUAAUAACCAGAAGCUACUAUAUGCUCCAAUGGGGGAGCUUCUGAUUCUACAGCCGGAUGAGAAAUUCUCACCUCACCAUCAUCUGCUUCCAUCAGGCAGUGGUCUAUAUUUCCUAACCUGUCCAUUGUCUGACGAUUAUGACGCAGAGAAGCUGCUCUGGGCUGCACAGACUUUGUUCUUAAACUCACCACACCCACUUGAGAUUCUAAGUGAUCGCUCAGCUUAUGGUUUUGAAGGAACCAUUAAAAGGGAUCACGACAUGAAUUCUUACCUGAAAUCUGUGCGCAGUGUAAUUCGGCAAGAGUUAAACUGCAUAAGAAAAGCGAGGAGAGAGCAUCGUCGCAAAUACUGGUGGUCCCUUCUGGCACCACGUGGCAGCAGUGGUGGUCGUCGUGAGAGGCCUGUGGUAUCUGUCAACAUGGGCCAAAACCAAUUCAAUUUCUCCUGCGUCAUACGGAAUGGGAGAGAAUCCUUGAAACGGUUCAGCAGGCUUGUUGCAUCACAACACAUGCAUUUGCUUGUGGUUCUUUUGUUUCCUGCAAGACUGCUAUUUCUGGGAGAAUAUAGCGUUGUCAAUUUGCAUUGACCAGCCAAUUAAUUUGGGAUAACUGCAUUUUCUGUCAUGGAAUAUCGUAUGGGUUGCAGGCAUAUGGUCAGCAAGAUCAUUAUCAUUAGGUGAUUCUUUAGAUCAUUAUCAUUGGGUGAUUCUUUAUUCAUUGUUUUGAAAAAAGGGAAGAGAGAUUCAAAUUCUUAUUCUUAUAUAGGAUUUGUAAUAAUGUUGAAAUGUCAUGUAGAUAGAAACUGCAAGCCAAUGUUCUGGUCCAUAAUCCAGAUCCAGGUGUAAAAUUCUUACAGAAAUAUUUUUACGAGCAUGUUGUGGCAUCAAAACGUGUCUACAGAUUUGAAAGCGAAAAAUGGUGCACAUGUUAUGACACAAAAUUAAUAUCAUUUGGUAAUGUGGAUAUCAUUUGCUGAA